CGACAACAACAACAAUACUCUAUCAGAGAGAAUAACGCGCAUCGCUGAUAUACCGAGACACAUUCUAUACAACAACAUGAUUUUGUCUCUGACAUAUGAUACGUGGAAUGUCUCUCUGGAUUUGACGUUAGAUGUUAGCUAUGCAACUGUUCGAGUCGCCGCCAUGGCAYUGCAUGCUUCUGUUUGCGUUGUGGUAAACGUGUGGGACGGAGUAACGCGUUCAAACCCUGUCAACUUUGCUUGCGCAGUGAUCACGAGGCCAUUCAACAUGAUGGGAAAAACUCGAGAGAGGGUGGUUUCGGGUAUCCAGUCGGUGGCGACCGGAGUUGGGUCGGCGAGCUCAAUCGCUCUGCAUCGUCUUUCUGCCAAAAAUCGUUCGCCCCUGUCGAGUGGCCUGGUGUAUGGUUCCCAAGGGAAUCUGCGUCGGAUGCGUUCCCCGGGAAAGAAAAUGGUGAGCGAGAAGUUGAUAAGAAAACUAAAUACCUUGAACUCGGCGGCACCUGUUGUUUCCUACACCGARUUAGACGACAACGAUGGAGGCUUGUCUAGGCACGCAAAGAGCAGGGUGCAAAGGAUGAUGCACUAUGACGUUAGUUUGCGACCCUUUGUCGCGACCGUCAAAUUACAGGAAACCUUCAAAAAGCACCCUACAACAUCGAACAAUKACUUCGAUUUAGAUGCCGACGACGCUUCGACGACAUCGUCCCCGCUCGAGGGACCAUUCAUGUGCACCCCGCAAUCCUUUCCUCCGACACCAGCAUCGCGUGCGCAUGUUUUGAAACGGGGGAGCAGGUUUGCGGAUGACGUUGUUUUCUUGGCWCGUGAUCAGCUGCGUGUCCACGAUGGAUUGGAAAGCAGCAACGAGCGAACRAGGGAAAUGGCAGAAGCGCUCACGCAUGGUCAGAGAUUGGCUGUGUUUGACGCAGACGAUGCCAGUGCGGGAAUCGAUCUGAGUUGUGGUCAGCAUGGUGCGUGAGGUUCAUUUUCGCAACAAGGGGAUGUUUCGUCAAUGCGCCAUUGUAUAGCAUCAUGGCAAUAUGCAGUUCGCCGAUCUGACUAGAGUCUCUCAUUACCUUUCRUCYUUUAACGCUUCUUUUCUACACAGUGGCUACCAAAGUUGGUCCACUUCUUUAUUGUUCCUUAAGAUCUAUGGURCCAAUCCUCCGAAAUUGUUUUGUAUACUUUGAGAUGACAGUGCUCGGACGUACCGGUGGGUUACUUCAAACAAGUUUGGCGACACUCUCGUUCGGAUUGUCAACAAAAGAAAUGCCUACGGACACGCUUGUGGGAGCUUGGAAAGGAAGUGUUGGACUGUGUACAACAGGUCAGAUUUUAAUAUCCGGGCAGUGGUGUAGUCCGGGCCCAGAUCCAACAAUAAGUUCGUUUGGAGAUCAAGAAACUGUCGGUUGCCUUGUUUGCCUCGACGAUAGCAGUGCGUUUGAAACUUGGGACGGUGUGAUGAUAACGGCCACCGUUACGUUCAACAUAAAUGGAAGGAUUGUUAGCCCUCACGUUCCCACUCUGCCAAUUUCAGGAUUCGACCAAAAUCCYCCAACGUUGAACCUACCAGUCGGAACCGCUCCCCCGUCGUUCACCCUCCCUCUUCUUGUACCUGCGGAAGAAGAAUUGUACCCAACGUUGACCCUUCACUCGCCGGGUACAUCAGUCAUGUGCAGGUAAGAAAUCCCAGAUUUGCUCAAGUUGCAUUCUUCAGGAACAAGACGUUGUUCUUUAGCCUCACCAAUUGUCCGUAUCUUUUCACUCCAGGUUCAGUGCAGGUGACGUCGUAGUAAGAUCUAGGGAAGCUAUAGGGGCACCCAAGAAAGUUCCAGUUUAUGCUGUCGACGGUAGUCUCGUAUUCUCUGAGGAGGAAGAAUUUUCAGGCAUAAAUACAUAGUMUAGCUUUCGUUUGCAAAUUUUAAUUUMGUA